UGGUCACACUCUCGCAGCCGCAGCGAACGGUUGUUGUGGGAGUUCGUCGGCGUGUUUGCGUUUCGGUUUCGGUUUCGGAUUCCCAGUUUGUUGCCAGUUUGGUGGCAAAAGCGCAUUAAUUCGAUUAAAGUGCGAGGCGGCAAGUGGAGCAGCAGAAGUGCGGCCGAAAGGAAGUGCAAGUUGCAAGUUGCAAGUGGAGAGGCGGAAAAGCAGAGUAAAUAAAGUGCAUGCGAAUGGGUGUGGAAGGCAAAACGAAGUGCAAGUGCGUGCCAGCGAAUAAGAAGAAUACGAAGAAUAAGAAAUAGUAGGCGGCCGAAAAGGAAGCGAAGCAGGAUAGGCAGUGAAAAGUGCAACGAAGAGGGACAGAGGGAACGGCAAUAAAUCAACAGAGGAAAUCAAACAGAAAAUAUUCGGUGCCGCAUUUUCUACGUGACGCGAAAUUAAAUGCGCUCCUCCCUCCAUCUCGCUCGCACGCGCUCCCCGUCUCUUUCACCCGCGCUCUUUGUUGAAACUUAACUGCGAGCAGAACAGGGUCAAAAUACAAAAUAAAAAAAAAAUAAAAAAAUAGGGAAUACGAAACACGUCGAGAAAUACUCGUGUAUAUAAAUUUCUAGGUAAUUCCUACCUUCCGUUUUUCGCGGUUAACGCGCGUGAUUCAUAAACUCGUCUUCAAGAUACGAAACCAAAAAAACAGUAGAGAGGCAAACUCAGUCUCGUGCAUUGAACCUGCUGACAACGCUGGGCACCAGGAAUCGCUUCAGCCAUGGAAAACAACAUCUGUGCAAUAGUCGAAUACGAAUACGCGGCCAAGGAGCCGGACGAGCUGGAUCUGCAGAAAGGUGCCAUCAUCCAUCGUAUCAAGCAGAUGACCGGCGGCUGGUGGCAGGGCACCCUGAAGUCCACCGGCGUCACCGGGAUGUUUCCGGAUAACUUUGUGCGCGUGCUGGAGUCCGGAGUGAGCAGCAAUGGCAACGGAACCACUGGCAGUGGGGACCACAACGAGGAGGCAGCAGUGGCUGUGCAGCUGAGGGACAAAUCCGCGACAUCGAAUCGCCGCUGCAAAGUCAUCUAUAGCUACACACAAGUCAACGACGACGAACUGACGUUGGCCGUGGGUGAUGUCAUUGAAUUCCUAGGGGAGGUCGAGGAAGGCUGGUGGCGCGGUCGUCUGCGCAGCAAAGUCGGCGUCUUCCCAUCGAACUUUGUGCAACAUAUCGAGCCGUCUCCCGUUUUGGCCUCCAAACGGCCACCGACAAUUGGCGCCACCGUGGCCACAGUGUCGCUGGCGUCCAAGGCGGCCAAUGUGAGCAAUGUGGCGAAUGUGGCAGCCACAUCCACAGUACCAUCCGGCGGAGCAGUGCCUCCUGCGUCCACCACCAGCACCACCAGCAACUCCACAACAAAGCAGGCGACCAAGAGCAGGGUAACUGCAGCAGCAGCAACAGCAGCAGCAUCUGCGCCAGCGGAGCCGGCAGCCAUAGUUUCGGGAUCGGGAUCGGGAUCAGCAGCGGGAGCAGCUGGAGCUGCAGCGGCCGUGCCCAUGCUGCCACCCAAGCCCCAGCGGGAGUUCUGCCGGGUGGAGUUCCCCUACGCCCCGCAGAACGACGAUGAGCUGGAGCUGAAGGUGGACGACAUAAUUGCAGUAAUCAGCACGGAACUGCCCGACAAAGGCUGGUGGAAAGGAGAAAUCCGCGGCAAAGUGGGCGUUUUUCCCGACAACUUUGUCAAAAUGCUGGCACCCUCGGAAGUUGCACCGAUCAACGAGCCACCGAGUGCCACACAGAUUACGCAGAAUCAGAGGAAGAUCAGCAACACCGCCAGCACCACCAGCCACAUGACCACAACGAACUCUAGCAACUCCAGCACCACCUCGGUGACCACGCAGCAGCAGAAGGAGCAGAUCGGAGGCAGCUCCUCCACCACAUCGAAGGUGUACAUCAAGAAGACCGGCAGCAGCAGCAACAGCACCACCAGCAGCACCACCACAGCUUCCUCCUCGGCGGGUCGCAAGGAGAGCUUUGGCUCCCGUGACUCCCUGAACGAUAUCCUGAGUGAAACGGGUCUGCCCACCGGCAAUGUGGCUGCCCAACGGAAAUCCCUGGAGAACAAGAACCUGGACCUGACCAAGCCACCCGGAGUGGGUGCAUCAGUGGCCAUUGGACAGCAGAGGAGCAGCACCUCCAGUGCCACCACCUCCUCAGCCACCACAGUAACCACCGGGCUAACCUCAUCAGCAGUGAGCAAGUCCAUGGAGAACAUGCUGGACGAGAAGGUCAAGUCGCCACCACCGCCGGUGCUCAGCAAGAAGCCCAGUGUGCCGCUCAAGAAAACUCCCACAGGCGGAGUUCCUGUAGCUGGUAACCUUUUGGGCGGCAAGAAAAAGAAUCCGGAGGGAAAGCUCACCACUGCCGUGUCCCAUGAUUUGGCGGACGGUCUUGCGGCCAGCAAGAUGCUCUCAGGUGCUAAUCAACUGCCUGAAUCCGGAGCAGCUGGCAAUGUGGUGAUGCGGAGAGCUGCCACCAUUGCAGUCGAGGAUACAGAUUUCGAUCGCGUGGAGCGGUCUUCCAUACUUACGGAUAUGCGGCAAGGAAGGGUCAAGGCGCCAAAGCGACGUCCCCCAUCGGCGGCUAUCAAUGUGCUGGGCGAAAGCAAUAACAAUUCCGUGUAUGUCAACGGCAGUGGAAUGUCGGGAUCCGGUGGAGCAGGCAGUGCCAGUGAGCUGAGUGAAGAUGGCGGUGCUGGAGGAAAGACUUCUGAUGACAAUUCCACCGGCGAGGAACCACAGUUGGCCAAACCGAAACCACGAGAGUGGGAGAAGAAGAAGGCGCCCUGGAUGGAGGAGCUCAAGGCCUCGCAGGUCACCAGGAAAAAGACCUCGCCCAGUGUGGAGCCCCGAGGAGCUUCGGUGGCCGAAAGGACCUCCAAACUCUUUGCAGCCGAGCAGGCUAUCAGCAGUAAUAGCAGCAGUACCACAACGAAAGUGCAAUCUUCAGCGGUGACCUCCUCCAUGUUCGUGGAGAACUCAACGACCAGCAGCUCGGUGAUCACCAGCAGCUCCCACACCACCACCAACGAUGCCAUCAUGUCCCGUAGCUUGUCGGCUGCCAAAGUCCAGACCGCCAGCAGCGACGAGGAGACGAGAGCCACAAGGCCAAAUAGUCUAGCUAUACGGAAUCAACGAAGUGUUUCGCCUCUGGUAAAGAGCUCCAAUGCCAGCAGUGCGCAGUCCCAGGAGGAGAAGCCCUCCAAUCAGCUGAACAACCAUCAGGAUGCCGGUUCCACAAGGGUGGCCCAGCUGGAGCAACGGGUGGAUAAGCUGGAGGGGCUGGUGCUUAACCAACAGCGAACCAUUGAAGAGCUGGUGAAUGCUCUGAAAUCGGAAGCUGAACGCGUCAAGAUUUUGAGGAGCGAACUGGACAAAUACGCGCAGUGCGUGACGCAAGUUUGAGCCUAGUUAAAUCGCCUUAAAUCGUUUUAGCUAGCUUUUGAAUCCUUGAUUUUUAGCGUGUGCUGAACUCUACAAUAUACCCAGGCCUAAAAACGUAGAACGUAGUAGAGUAGAGACCGAACCCAAGACAAUCCCAAAUAUCUGUACUCUGUGUUCUGUACUUAUAUACCAGAAUGAUCUAUCCAAAACCACUAGCGAUCAAUCGUUUUUGCAUGCCAAAACCGUUUUGUUUUUCGCUAAAAUACUUUGUAUUCCCCUGUAUAUCUGAUAAUUUCGAUAAGUAUUUUUUAUACACUCGUACAUUCCGAAGAGCAAAAGGGUGUGAUUUCUUUUAGCUGCUUUCGAUUGCGAUUUGUUUUGUUUAUUCGAUUUAUGAUUAUUUUUUAAAGAUGUAUUAAAGUUAUGAGUAAACUGUACUAUAAACUAUAUACUAAACGAGAGAGAAACAUACAAAGUUCGAUGGAGUCGAUGAUGAUGCCUAAAACUUAAGCAAUACCAAUAAAUAAUGCAAAUAAAUACUUCAAUGUUUUCUGAA